ACGCUCUGGGCUGCAACGUGUCUCGGGGCGGAGGCAGCGGCAGCGGAGUUGGCUGUGUGCGGCUCGGGGCGUCGGGGGUCCGUCGGUCUCCUGGGUCGUUUCCGCGUGUUUGUCUUUGGCGCUUGGGUCCUGACGGGCCGCCUCAGGCCUCAACAUGUCGUACAACUACGUGGUAACUGCGCAGAAGCCCACCGCCGUGAACGGCUGUGUGACCGGACACUUCACUUCAGCGGAAGACUUGAACCUGCUGAUUGCCAAAAACACGAGGUUAGAGAUCUAUGUGGUCACCGCAGAGGGGCUUCGGCCCGUCAAGGAGGUGGGCAUGUAUGGGAAGAUUGCCGUCAUGGAGCUUUUCAGGCCUAAGGGGGAGAACAAGGACCUGCUGUUUAUCCUGACAGCGAAGUACAACGCCUGCAUCCUGGAGUAUAAGCAGAGUGGUGAGAGCAUUGAUAUCAUCACGCGGGCCCACGGCAAUGUCCAGGACCGCAUAGGCCGCCCUUCAGAGACUGGCAUUAUUGGCAUCAUUGACCCCGAAUGCCGGAUGAUCGGCUUGAGACUCUACGAUGGCCUCUUCAAGGUCAUUCCACUGGAUCGGGACAAUAAAGAGCUGAAGGCCUUCAACAUUCGCCUGGAGGAGUUGCAUGUUAUUGACGUCAAGUUCCUAUAUGGUUGCCAAGCACCUACCAUUUGCUUUGUCUACCAGGACCCUCAAGGGCGGCACGUCAAAACCUAUGAGGUGUCCCUUCGGGAGAAGGAAUUCAACAAGGGCCCUUGGAAACAGGAAAAUGUAGAAGCUGAAGCCUCCAUGGUGAUUGCAGUCCCAGAGCCCUUUGGAGGAGCCAUCAUCAUUGGACAGGAAUCCAUCACUUACCACAAUGGUGACAAGUACCUGGCGAUUGCGCCUCCUAUCAUCAAGCAAAGCACAAUCGUGUGUCACAACCGAGUGGACCCCAAUGGUUCUCGAUACCUGCUGGGCGACAUGGAAGGGCGGCUCUUCAUGCUGCUUUUAGAGAAGGAGGAACAGAUGGACGGCACCGUCACCCUCAAGGAUCUCCGUGUGGAACUCCUUGGAGAGACUUCUAUUGCUGAGUGCUUGACGUACCUUGAUAAUGGAGUUGUCUUUGUUGGGUCUCGCCUGGGUGACUCCCAGCUAGUGAAGCUCAAUGUUGACAGCAACGAACAAGGCUCAUAUGUAGUAGCCAUGGAAACUUUUACUAAUUUAGGACCCAUUGUGGAUAUGUGUGUGGUGGACCUGGAGAGGCAGGGCCAGGGCCAGCUGGUCACUUGCUCUGGUGCUUUUAAGGAAGGUUCCUUGCGGAUCAUCCGGAAUGGGAUUGGAAUCCAUGAACACGCCAGCAUUGACUUACCAGGCAUCAAAGGCUUAUGGCCGCUGCGGUCUGACCCCAACCGUGACACUGAUGACACUCUCGUGCUCUCUUUUGUGGGCCAGACCAGAGUUCUCAUGUUAAAUGGGGAGGAAGUGGAGGAAACUGAACUGAUGGGUUUUGUGGAUGAUCAGCAGACUUUCUUCUGUGGCAAUGUGGCUCAUCAACAACUUAUCCAGAUCACUUCGGCAUCUGUGAGGUUGGUCUCACAGGAGCCCAAAGCUCUGGUGAGUGAAUGGAAGGAGCCUCAGGGCAAGAACAUCAGUGUGGCCUCCUGCAACAGCAACCAGGUGGUGGUGGCUGUCGGAAGGUCCCUCUACUACCUGCAGAUCCACCCUAAGGAGCUGCUGCAGAUCAGCCACACAGAGAUGGAACAUGAAGUGGCCUGCCUGGAUAUCACCCCGUUAGGGGAUAGCAAUGGGCUCUCCCCUCUCUGUGCCAUUGGUCUCUGGACAGACAUCUCUGCCCGCAUCAUGAAGCUGCCCACUUUUGAAUUACUGCACAAGGAGAUGCUGGGUGGAGAGAUCAUCCCUCGCUCUAUCCUGAUGACCACCUUUGAGAGUAGCCACUACCUCCUUUGUGCCUUGGGAGAUGGGGCACUUUUCUACUUCGGGCUCAACAUUGAGACAGGCUUGUUGAGUGACCGCAAGAAGGUGACCUUGGGCACCCAACCCACAGUGUUGAGGACUUUCCGUUCUCUUUCUACCACCAACGUCUUUGCUUGCUCUGAUCGCCCCACUGUCAUCUAUAGCAGCAACCAUAAAUUGGUGUUCUCCAAUGUCAACCUAAAGGAAGUGAACUACAUGUGUCCCCUAAACUCAGAUGGCUAUCCUGACAGCCUGGCACUGGCCAACAACAGCACCCUCACCAUUGGCACCAUUGAUGAGAUCCAGAAACUUCAUAUUCGCACAGUUCCACUCUACGAGUCUCCCAGGAAGAUCUGCUAUCAGGAAGUGUCUCAGUGCUUUGGGGUACUCUCCAGCCGCAUUGAAGUCCAAGACGCCACUGGGGGCACCACUGCCCUGAGGCCCAGUGCCAGCACUCAGGCCUUGUCUAGCAGCAUCAGCUCCAGCAAGCUGUUCUCCAGCAGCACGGCACCACAUGAGACCUCCUUCGGAGAAGAGGUGGAGGUGCACAACCUCCUGAUUAUUGACCAGCAUACCUUUGAAGUGCUUCAUGCCCACCAGUUUCUGCAGAAUGAGUAUGCCCUAAGCCUGGUCUCCUGCAAGUUGGGCAAAGACCCCAACACGUAUUUCAUCGUGGGCACAGCCAUGGUAUACCCUGAAGAGGCAGAGCCUAAGCAAGGACGCAUUGUGGUCUUCCAGUAUUCGGAUGGGAAACUACAGACUGUGGCUGAGAAGGAAGUGAAAGGAGCUGUGUACUCCAUGGUGGAAUUUAACGGCAAAUUGUUGGCCAGCAUCAACAGCACGGUGCGGCUGUAUGAAUGGACGACCGAGAAGGAGCUGCGCACUGAGUGCAACCACUACAACAACAUCAUGGCUCUGUACCUGAAGACCAAGGGCGACUUCAUCCUGGUUGGCGACCUCAUGCGCUCAGUGCUGCUGCUUGCCUACAAGCCCAUGGAGGGAAACUUUGAAGAGAUUGCUCGAGACUUUAAUCCCAACUGGAUGAGUGCGGUAGAAAUCUUGGAUGAUGACAAUUUCCUGGGAGCUGAGAAUGCAUUUAACUUGUUUGUGUGUCAGAAGGAUAGUGCUGCCACCACUGAUGAGGAGCGGCAGCACCUUCAGGAGGUCGGGCUGUUCCACCUGGGCGAGUUUGUCAACGUGUUCUGCCACGGCUCUCUGGUCAUGCAGAACCUGGGCGAGACUUCCACUCCCACCCAGGGCUCAGUCCUUUUUGGCACAGUCAAUGGCAUGAUUGGGCUGGUGACCUCACUGUCAGAGAGCUGGUACAACCUGCUACUGGACAUGCAGAAUCGACUGAAUAAAGUCAUCAAGAGCGUGGGCAAGAUUGAACACUCCUUCUGGAGAUCCUUUCACACUGAGCGCAAGACAGAGCCAGCCACAGGCUUUAUCGACGGUGACCUGAUUGAGAGUUUCUUGGAUAUUAGUCGCCCCAAGAUGCAGGAGGUUGUGGCAAACCUACAGUACGAUGAUGGCAGUGGCAUGAAGCGAGAGGCUACCGCCGAUGACCUGAUCAAGGUUGUGGAGGAGCUAACUCGGAUCCAUUAGCCAUGGGCAGAGGUCCCCUCUGCUGAACCUCCCCAGAAGCUUUGCCUUCCUGUUCCCCCCUCUGUCAGCAUUGUCGUCUUGCCCCAUGGGAGGCUAAUACCUAAGCCAGCUACUCCAUAGCUGCAGUUCACCUGUAUGGAAAUGGGUUUCUGACAAUUACAGAGACCUGGGAAUGGCUGAAUUUGGAAUAUGCUCUCCCUGGAUUUUUACCAGUCUCACGUGAUUCCAGUCAGCACCUUGGGCCACCAUUGGUGUGCCAGUUGUCCUUCCAGGGAGGGAUUUUGUGGUUCUUACUGGAAGGAAGCUGUGUGUAUGUAUGUGUGUUUCACACUCAGCCUUGUCCUCUACUGUGUUUUUACUCGGGUUAUGGGUGUGGGGAGGUUGAGGGUGGGGAGGGGUGGGAAGAGAGGAGGGCUUCAUUGUCUUUGAAGUGAGAGCUCCUUUCGUUUUUUUCUGUUGCCUCUGAGAGCCUCGAGUCUGGGAGCCUGAGCACAUCUGGGGACUGCUUGACUAAAACCUGGGGAUGAUGGAUGAUCCCCAAGCUGUGGCCCUUUUGUUUCUUGGAGCUGCCUCCUUCAAAGAGAAGGAAGUCGGGGAGGACAGAUUGUGAAUUGAUUGUUAGUUUCUGAGUUUUACCAAAUAAAGUAGAGUCUAAGAUGAAA